UAUGUACCAUCGCCUGUUCGCAGAUACAAUAACGAACAGGAUCAAGACUGCAAAAAACGGAAUGACACUCCACGAACUUGGCGCUUGAGAUAUAACAUGCCUUUGUCCGUUGGCCUUAAACUCACGAUUGUUGGGUAUACGACAUGCUUGCUUGCUGUUGAGGCCGCAUCGUCUCCAAUGCCUCAAAUCUAUCGCCAAUACGGUCCCUCUUCCACCAAACAGUUCACAUCAAACAGAACGUACUGGGUACAAGUUGCCGGCGCAUGUUGCGCCGCAGCCAGUAUGGCGACUUCUUGUGUUGCCUUUUUCUGGUUCUGUCGAAUGGAAAAACGCUUUCGACACAGGCUGAUCAUACUACUCAUUUAUGGCGACAUGAUCAAAACAAUGUGGAUAUUUGCGUUUGCCUUGGCUUCCAUUACGAGGGGUACCAUUUAUACAGAGUCACCAUUCUGCCAAGCAAGCGGUUUUCUUGUUCAAUACGGCACUGAGACAAGUGAUUAUGCGGUUCUCGCAAUCGCCGUCCACAGUGCUAUGCAGGUGUUCCGUCCCUCAAACACCGUUCGCUCGGAUGGGCUCUAUCCAUAUCGUUAUCCCCUCUUUCUUGGUGCAUUCCUGAUACCACUUCUAAUGGCAGGACUAGCUUUUGCGGGUGAUCAUCAUGGUUACAUGUCUCAAGGUGCAUUCUGCUCCCUUCCGCUUCGACCUUUUUGGUACCGUUUGGCCCUGACUUGGGUUCCUCGUUACGUCAUUGCCAUCAUAAUCCUAGGACUGGCGGUUGCCAUCUACGCCCACGUUGGGUUCGAAUUCCGCUCCCUUUCAAAUAUGCUCCAAAACGAGAAGCCAUCCGUUUCUAGCACCACUAUACUAUCAACGAAUGAUCAGAACCUCGGCGAUGGGGCGUCACCGGACUUGACGGAACAUACACUCUUCCCCGCACGCAGAGGCUCCUCUAUAGUCUCAAUACUUGAAGCCUCGCGGCGGGCAUCAGCUGCAGCUUCAACGAGUAUGUACUCGGAAAGUAACGACACAGCUGGCUCAAUCUUUGUCCCAAGCGGGCCCCAUAGUGCGCGACGCAGCAGCGCCUUCACCAUCUUAGCAGGUCCCGUCGACACUUGCAGCCAGCUUGACAACACCAACACCUCCCGAAAAGCCAGCAACACUGUCCUCUCGGCCUCAGACGAUAACCACGCUUCGCCUUUGUCAACCUCCACGCCCUGUGCCCCUCCCACCGACACCGCCCAACGGAAUUUAGCCCAGCAACGCAUGCGCAUCCACCGCCAGCUUCGUCUCAUGUUCGUUUAUCCCAUCUGCUACAUCAUCAUGUGGCUCAUCCCUUUCACCAACCACUGCAUGAUGUAUUACGAAGACUGGGCCACGCACCCAUUAUACUGGCUCGUGGUCGCGAGCACCAUCUGUUACGGUUCAAUGGGCAUGGUCGACUGUCUCAUCUUCACCCUCCGCGAGCGUCCAUGGCGCCACAUUCCUAACUCUGACGGCACUUUCCUCGGGUCUUUUGCAUGGUGGCGCACAUUUUCCGGCUCUUCAUCUUCAUCUUUGUUGCCCUCGCGCGCUGUUAGCACUAGUGGGACUGUUGCAUCGACGUUGAGACCUCGCCCCACGGAUACUCUGCAUCGGACCGUCACAGAGGUCAAUCCUACGAGCCCAAAUUCGGGUCCUCCCAGGAAUUUUGGUGUUUUCAGCAGCGUAAUGGAUAAAGGCAGAGAAUGGAGGAGUGGUGCCGGUGGUGGCAAUGGUGGUUGUGGUGGCGGGGAUCAUGCGAAGGGGCAGGCUCGAUUUGCAAGGAUGAGAUUGGAAGCCGAGAAGGAAGAACGGCGUGCUGCUUUCCAGGGGCUGGGGAGAAGGCAAUCUUUAGGGUGA